AUGGAUUCUCUUGAAUACACCACAAUGCAACCAUUACAAACCUCUCUACUCUGUUUAAAAGGGUGUGUUCGCAUUAUUGAUGUCCACAAAGUUGGAUCAGAGAUUGAGAGGAUCUCAUCCAACAUUGAUACUUGGACUUCACAGUUAGAAGCACUUGGAGUACACAGAUCAAUACAAAAAGCAGAUGAAGCUUCUUCAAGCAGCUAUGUCCAACAGCAAAGACAGUUGAGGCAAGCUUAUUCUUUUGUUGAAGACAAUGUUGUUGUUGGAUUUGAUAAGGACAUUGAAGAGUUGGUUGCCCUUUUGACUGAAGAAGAGAAUUCUCAUAAGCAUAAGGUGGUUUCGAUAUGCGGGAUGGGUGGUUUGGGGAAGACUACUCUUGCAAGAAAGGUUUAUCAGCAUUCUCAAGUCAGGACUCACUUUGAUUGUUAUGCUUGGGCCUCAAUAUCUCAGCAAUGUAAUACAAGCAAUGUCUUCAAAGGAAUUCACUUUUCUCUCACUUCUCCUACAGAUGAACAAAAAAUUCACAUAAAAAACUCAAGUGAUGUUGAAUUAGCAAGGGAGCUUUUCAACUUUCAGAAACAGAAAAAAUGUUUGGUGGUUCUUGAUGAUAUAUGGACCACAACAACAUGGGAUCUUCUAAAGCAUGCAUUCCCUACUCAAGGAGAAACGCAUAGCAAGAUCUUACUCACUACUCGGAACAAGGAUGUAGCUUUGCAUGCCGAUCAACACGGUUUCAUCCAUGAACCUCGUUUGCUCAAUGAAGAGGAAAGCUGGGAGCUGUUUCAUAAAAAGUACUUCUGUGUUGAAGCAGAUCCAUCAAACUCAAAUGAUGAUGAAGAAAGGAAAAAAGAACUUGCAGUAGAGAUGCUUAGAAAGUGCUCUGGUCUGCCAUUAGCCAUCAUUGUGCUCGCUGGGCUUUUAUCUACGAAAAAGAAACACACCAUAUAUGAUUGGGAGCAACUGAAAGCAAAUGUAAUUCGCUGGAUAGGUGAAGGUGGUCAACAACAUGAUGACAACUCAAAAUACAUUAGUGUUCGGGCGGUGUUAGGUUUAAGUUACAGUGAGUUGCCAUCUCAUUUGAAGCCUUGUUUUUUGUACUUGGCUCGUUAUGCUGAAGAUGUCCCGAUAAGAGUAAAAGAUUUAUGUCAUAUACUUAUAGCAGAAGGUUUAAUAUCGCGAAGAAGAGGUUAUGUGGAAACUUGGGAGGAAGUGGCACAUGAUUGGUUGUGUGAGUUGGUAGAGAGGAGUAUGAUUCAGGUGAAAGAAAUGAGUUCAAGAGGAGGAAGGAUAAAAUCAUUUUGCAUUCAUGAUCUCAUGCGAGACUUGUGUGUGUCUAAAGCCCAAGAAGAAAACUUUCUACAUUUUACUGAUUGGCAGAAUAAAUGGGAAGAGCCAAUAAAAACAAAGGUACGAAGAGUUGCCAUCUAUGAUAAUGGAAAGACUGUUAGUAGUGAUUUUAUUCAUAUGGUUGGAAAUAUAGAUGCCUCUCUCAGGUGCUUUGCUGUAGAUGGUGGAGGAAAUGAGUAUAAUGAAAAAAGAGUAUUGAGACAUGCAUGCAAUCACUUUUUGAAACUUAGAGUUUUGAUUAUUGGUUAUAAUUCCAUUUAUACUUUGAAGUUGCCUAAAGAAAUUGAGAAUAUGAUCCAUUUAAGGUUAUUAAGUAUUCCUAAUUGGCCGAUUGAAAAGAUUCCAUCUUCUUUUGGGAAUUUAAGAUGCCUGCAGAGUUUGAGAGUAAGGAGCAAGAGUGAUAAAAUACCAAGUUCAAUGUACAAGUUGGAGCAACUGAGGCAUCUAUAUCUUAUCACUGUAGAUGGUAAGGGCAUAGAAUUUGGUAAAUUCUUGAGGUCAACUAAGUCUAGAAAUUUACAAACAUUGGUAAGUAUUCGUACCAACGAUCUUGUAGGGAGUGAUCUUCUACAGUUAAAGAGUCUCAAGAAAUUAGAAAUUUGUGUGAAUGGAAAUUUUGAGACAUUCUUACACAUUCCCCAAUCUUUCACAUUCUCUCGUCUUUGUUCUUUAAAAGUAGAGAGUUCAAAUCGUUACACCGCCAUAGAUGUAGUUCCUUUGAUAUUAAGCUGUCCUCAUAUAUAUAAGCUUAGAUUGUACUCGGCUAUAUUAAGGUUACCACAAGUCAACCUAUUCUCCCCAAAUCUCAUAAAGUUACAGUUGAAAUUUCUCAGACUUGAGGAUGAUCCAAUGCUAACAUUAGGAAAGCUACCAAAAUUAAGAGUCCUUGUGAUUGGCUAUGAUAGCUUUAUGGGGGAAGAGAUGGUGUGCUCAAGAGGAGGUUUCCCUCGACUUGAAUCUCUUGAGCUUAGUGUUCUACAUAACUUGAAAGAGUGGAAAGUGGAGGAGAGUGCAUUGGCUACACUUGCCGAUUUGCGUAUUCAUGGAUGUAGGGGAUUGAGGAGUGUUCCAGAUGGAAUAAGAAACAUUGUUACACUCAAUGAGAUAAAGAUAAAUAAUAUGCCUAAGAAAUUCAAAGAAAGGAUGGAAGAAGGAGGAGACGAUUUCCACAAAGUCAUGCACGUGCCAUCACGUGUAUUCAUCAAUUGUGUUAGAGAUUGGCCUGAUGACUAUAAAUGAAUUUAAGUGGGAGAAUGUCAUUAUCAAGAUUUGGAGGAUGUGUUUGCCACUGCCAAUCACCAAUGUCUGUUUAUUCAAUAAUUAAUAUUUGGAAUAUAUAAUGUGUAAUAUUCGAAUUGUGUUGUUGUGUUUUAAUUCUUAAAUAUUUAUACACUCUUUGGAGCACUUAAACUACACACACUUUACUAUACAAGGCACUUGGUUUUGGAACACUCAGUUAUUGGAUGCACAACUUGAGAACCCAAGGUCCCCAUUACUUUUAUUGUAAUGGAUUUGGCCUAAAAUAAUAGAUUUAUUUAGUUAUUCUCUAGAAAAUUCUAGAGAGAUUGUGAUGAUUCUUCAAUAUAUAUAGGCAUCAUUGACACUAACCGUCAUUAACAAACUCUAAGAUGAAUACGCCUAGCUAGAAGAUUCAACUAACUGAUAUGACACCUAAACUAAGCCUAGAGUACAAGUGCGUAAGACAUUGCUUACAUGGACAUACAGGUGGACACAUUACUUACAAACCACAAUUUCUAACAAUUCUCCACCCUUGAUUAGCAAUGUGUAGGUACCAAUUGAGUUCUAAGUGUUGGAAACAUUAAGGAGUUUGAGACAGUGAUCAAAAUUUGUUAUCAGCAGUGAUUUUGUUAACAUAUUUGCUGCACUCUCCUUUGUUGAUAUCUUGAUUAGUUUGGACAGAACAUCUUGAAUGAAAUAUAGACAACGUU